CGCGGUCACGUGUGGCGGAGGCCGGCCCGUCGCACCCGGAGCCGCCGCCAUGCCUCUGCCGCCGCCCGGCCGCCCCCGCCUCAGGCUGGCCCCGUUGCUGGCGCUGCUGCUGCUGGCGGGCCCGGCGCGGCCCAUCUCCUUCCAGCUGCCCGGCAAGGCGCGGAAGUGCCUGCGGGAGGAGAUCCACCGCGACACGCUGGUCACGGGCGAGUACGAGAUCGGCGCCCCGCCGGGCUCCUCCACCGGCCCCUCCGCCAACCUCAAGAUAACUGACUCAGCGGGGCACAUCCUGUAUGCUAAAGAGGAUGCCACUAAGGGCAAGUUUGCCUUCACCACUGAAGACUAUGACAUGUUUGAGGCCUGCUUUGAGAGCAAGCUUCCUGUGGGAACAGGGAGGAUGCCGGACCAGCUUGUGAUUCUGGAUAUGAAGCAUGGAGUUGAAGCAAAGAACUACGAGGAGAUUGCUAAAGUGGAGAAGUUGAAGCCUCUAGAAGUAGAACUGAGACGCCUGGAGGAUCUUUCAGAGUCCAUUGUUAAUGACUUUGCCUAUAUGAAGAAACGAGAAGAGGAAAUGAGGGACACGAAUGAAUCGACAAACACCCGGGUUCUGUACUUCAGCAUUUUCUCCAUGUGUUGUCUCAUUGGACUGGCCACCUGGCAGGUAUUCUACCUGCGUCGUUUCUUCAAGGCCAAGAAACUGAUUGAGUAAAGCAAUAAGUUCUCCUCCCCCUCCUCACAGCCCUAGCUGGACACCGGUGGAACCUAUAGCCAUGUCCCCCCGGGGCCAUCUCACAGAUGACACCCACCGACUGGAGCUGUUCUGCAGGAACUUGAACCCUAAAAGGGGAGGGGAGCGUAAACAUUGGAAGCAACUGGGGACUUCAGAAAUCCUGUUGGAUAUUAAGGGCGGGGGAGCUUGUGAUGGGUUUGGGGAUUCCUGGGGCCGCGAUUAAAUAAAAAUGAUUUUUCUAUGACA